AGUUACCACCAUAUUAUUAUCAGAAUGGUUUCCCGAUGUUUUUUGGUUCGGCACGUUGUUCUUUAUGUUUUGGGCUCUAGGGUUCCUGAGACUUGAAGACAAUGCACUCAAAUUAGUUGUUGAAUUUACCUUUUCUACUUCGUUUUUUUCCCUGUUGAUUUUCUUUUGGGUUUUCCUUUGUUAUUUUCGUUCUCGGUCUCGAGAAGCUCAUCACAUUGUUGGAAUUUGCCGAAUCCGAUCUAGUCGGCGUCUCGUUUAGAGAUGUAAAGUAGCAUUCAUGUUAAGAUUUACCUUUUAUUGAAAUAACCUGCUGAUUAAGUUGUUAUAUAGUUAAGUUGGAUUGAUCAGCUAUUGAUACUGAACAGGGUGGUAUGCAUUUGUGUUGAAUUUCAUUUCGUGGAUACUCGGGCUUGUCAUGGCAUCUAGACGUCUAUACGGAUCUUGAGCACAUAGCUUUCAUCUUUUAUCUGAAAUGUCUACAUGUUCAAAUGCACAAUCAACUGAGGCUGGGCAUGUUAGUCGUCAUAAUGCUUGCCCUGAUUCUGAAAGCCAUCAAAGUUCUUUGAAAACUGAGGAGGAUGAAGAUGAAGAUGUAGAUUUCAAUCCCUUUCUAAAGGAAACCCCUUCACCAGAAGCUUCUUCGAGCUUGAGCUCUGAAAUUGAUGGUUUGAAUGGGAAUGUUUUUGACACUGGUGGAAAGAUUGUUGAUAUUGGUGAAGGAAAUAAUCCAUCAAAGCCAACUAGUGAGGUGCAAAAUUAUGUCAUUAGAGCUCUUGAGCACGGUGAAGAGGAAACAUUGAUGCAAGCUACAGUUUCUCCCGAAGGAGUGUGUGAGAGGGAAUUGCAAAAUUCUGUUGCCCAAAAUCCCAAGAAGCGAAAAUCUGCCUUAAACUCUCCAUUAAAAACUGGUACCGUCCAAACAAAGGAAAAUGACACUGGAGCUGAUUCUAAUGAUGUUAUGAUUGGAGAGUUAAGUAAUACACAAUAUUCCCAAAAGCCCAUAUCAGAUUUAGAGAAUGAGGAUGCUAUCUGCACACGCACUAGGGCCCGUUAUUCCCUUGCAAGUUUCUCGCUUGACGAACUGGAGACUUUUCUUCAAGAAACUGAUGAUGAUGAUGACCUUCAAAAUGUUGAUGAUGAACUAGAGUACAGGAAGUUUCUUGCUGCUGUUUUACAUGGUGGAGAUGGCGAUGGCCAGUCAAAUCAAGAGAAUGAAAAUGUUGAUGAAGAAGAUGAAGAUAAUGAUGCCGAUUUUGAGAUAGAGCUUGAAGAGCUGCUGGAGAGUGAUGUAGAUGAAUGUAAUAGGGAAAAGGCCCAAAAGGAGUGCAAUGGAACUGGACGACGGCCGGAAACUAGGCAGAAUAGGCGGCAAAAAGACUCUGCCCAAUAUCAAAAGAAGCUUUCAGGACAGGCAAAGAGGCCACUACGUCCCCUCUUGCCAGUUUUGCCAAAUGGACCCUUUGCACCCUUCCCUAUUACUGAUGGGAAAACCUCAAUGCCUGAUUCUUGUACAGCGGAAGAUGGUUUUAUUAGAGGAUUUACUCCCCAUCAAGUUGGCCAGUUACAUUGUUUGAUACACGAGCAUGUGCAACUUCUCGUUCAAGUAUUUUCUCUGUGUGUUCUUGACUCUUCUCGGCAACACAUUGCCUCCCAGGUUCGUGGACUGAUUUUUGAGAUACUUCAAAAACGGAAUGAAGUAUUAGCAUGGAAAAAUGUCCCAUAUCCUAGCAUUUGCUUUUACCCUCCAUAUGUUUGCUCAUCCGUGCCAGAUGAACUUCCCAAAAUUGCCCCUGCACAAUACACCUUAGAAUCAUGUGCUACAUUUGAUGCACAAAGAGCGUGCUCUAAUCAGAUGGCGGCUUCUCAAAACAUGUCUCCUUCUAAUGGGAGAUGUGAAUAUGUUUCUAUUGGGCACGUGGGUUCCUUACAAAACAAUGAGGGCUUUUCCUGGGUGCCUUUUAUAAGCGGUCUUGUACUGUCCAUCUUGGAUGUAGCUCCACUCAAUUUAGCUGGAAGGUAUAUGGAUGAUGUUUAUACUGCUGUUCAGGACUAUCGACAGCGUCAGGUGAAAUCUGCUAGUGAUGCUCCCUUUGUAAGAGAACCACUGUUUCCCUUUCCUUGUUUCCCAUCAUAUCCUGAAGCUAAUUGUGAAGUUUUAAGGGGGCCCAUUGCCUCAGCUGUUAAAACGGUGCCAAUUUCACCCAGUCAACAGCCACCUAAAAAAACAUUGGCUGCUGCACUUGUUGAAAGUACCAAGAGGCAAUCGGUUGCUUUAGUUCCAAAAGAAAUUUCAAAGCUAGCUCAAAGAUUUUUCCCUUUCUUCAAUCCAUCAUUAUUUCCACAUAAACCACCCCCUGCAGCUGUCGUAAAUCGGGUGCUUUUCACCGAUGCAGAGGAUGAGCUAUUAGCACUGGGAUUGAUGGAAUAUAAUACAGAUUGGAAGGCGAUUCAACAACGUUUUCUUCCUUGCAAGUCGAAGAAUCAGAUUUUUGUUAGGCAAAAAAAUCGCUGCUCAUCUAAAGCACCGGAAAAUCCCAUAAAGGCAGUUCGAAGAAUGAAAACCUCUCCAUUGACUGUGGAAGAGAUUGCAUACAUUCAGGAGGGACUUAAGCUUUAUAAAUUGGAUUGGAUGUCUGUGUGGAGAUUUGUUGUUCCACAUAGAGAUCCAUCUUUAUUACCUCGGCAGUGGCGCAUUGCCCUUGGAACUCAGAAGUCAUAUAAGCAGGAUGCAGCAAAAAAGGAGAAGAGACGAUUAUAUGAAGCUAGAAGAAGAAAGUGCAAAACUGCAGAUCUGACAAGUUGGCAAACUGUAUCUGAAAAGGAGGACAAUCAGGCUGAAAAUAAUGGCGGGGAGAAUAACAGUGGAGAUGAUAGCGUAGAUAAUGCAGGUGAAACGCACCAGGCAUCUUCAGCAGAUUGGAGGCCUGGUACCUUCAGUCUCAUUUCUUCUGCUCAUCCUUGCUCAAAUCUCAAUGAAAAAAUACUUCCUAAGGAUAGACUGCGUCAAGAAGGGACUACAAUCAGUAAACAGCUAAACUAUAAUGGGUCUAGAGAGGCUCAACCCCAGACUGGUAUCAUGCACAAGUUUCCACCUUUGUCACAGCAUACGCAGCGACCCUAUAGUUCAUGUCAGGUAAAUAGCGCUAGAAAUUGUGCAUUUAAUACCAUGGAACCAAAUCAUCCGGCUUCUUUUAUGACAUCAAAUAGCAACAAAUCCCCAUUCUGUUUACGGCCUUAUCGGGCUCGUAGAAAUAGUAGUGCCACUAAUUCCCGCAUAGUGAAAUUAGCACCGGACUUGCCACCUGUGAAUCUUCCACGAUCUGUUCGUAUAGUCUCUCAGACAGACUUCAAAGGUUGUCAGUUUGGAGCACCCACUAAGGUUUCUGCUGCUGGAGUUGGUAUUGGUAAUUCUGGAAUAGAAGAUGUAGUUUCUCGUAAUCCUCGUGCUGUGAAAUUGGGAACCCCCCAUUUAGUAAAAUCUCGACGGAAUGAAAGCGGUCCACUGCAAGACAAUGUUUUACAUUCGCAUGCAGAAGAAUCUGAAGUUGUUAAGGAUAAAUGUCUUCUGGAUGAAAGACGUUCUGAUUCUGAUCUUCAGAUGCAUCCUUUACCCUUCCAGGCCCCUGAAGAUGGGCAUUUGCUACAUUAUCCAUCGAACUGCGGCACUAGUACUUCUACUUCUUUCAGUUUCUUUUCAGGAAAUCGGCCUCAGUUGAAUAUAAAUCUCGUGCAUAAUCCUCAGCUUGAAAACUAUGUUCAACGUUUUAAUAAAUCAUUGAAGUCAAAGGAUUUUACUUCAGUAACUUCUGGCAUUGACUUCCAACAACUGCUACAAAGAACUGAAGAUGUCUGUACUGAUUCUGCUGCUGCCUGCUCAACUGCACACCUAUCUACUGGUUUGGAUGGAAAAUCUGGACCAUCUGGUCAGCUUCAAAGUCCUUUUGAUGGUCUCCAGACCGAGUCACUAGUAAGUCAUGGUCUAGCUUCUGGUCCUAAUCCCCCUACUGAGAAGGCUAAUGAGCUAGACUUGGAGAUCCACCUAAGUUAUACAUCCAGAAAGGGGGAGGGUGUGGAAAGCAGUGAUGUGACAGCACAUAAUCCAGCAAUGUCAGUAAUUGCAGCAGCCGCAACUAGAACUCAAAACAUCAGUUAUCCUCCUUGUUCCACAGUCAGUACCAACCUUAUUUCAGGUGGCCAUGGAUUGACAAUACCAAGUAAUAACAUCAGCAGAUACAACGUGGAUGAUAUUGGUGACCAGUCUCAUCCAGAGAUUGUGAUGGAACAGGAAGAGUUGAGUGACUCUGAUGAAGAAACUGAAGAACAUGUAGAGUUUGAGUGUGAGGAGAUGGCUGAUUCUGAAGGAGAGGACGGAUCAGGAUGUGAACAAAUUGUUGAGAUGCAAAAUAAGGACGGCAAGAAUUUGACAGUGGAAAAUCAAGUGACAGUUGCUUCUGGUGGUGAUAAACAAUGUGAACCAAUGACCUGUUGUCAUCCUCAAGGUGAUGUUUGCAUCCUUGUAAAGGACAUCACUCCUUCCCUAGAGUUGGGUUUGUCUAAUCAAGGAAAGGAUGAUACUAGUAAUUCUUCAUGGUUGAGUUUAGAUUCAUGUGCACCAGAUCGUCUUUUGAACUCAAAUACUAAGCAUGAAGAGAGAGGUAUAGGUGAAGGUCCUGCAACAGAAAAUUUGUCUUCAUGUCGUCCUAUCAGAUCUUGCAAUAAGAAAAAACCAAGUACAAAAGUUACUGUGCAGAAACAUGCUAUGGAUAUGGCACGGCAGCUGAGCCUUGGUCCUCUUGCCAUUUCCACUUUGAAAAAACCAAGGAAGCGUGCAUACAGAACUAAUACAAGUUUGAAUGUAAGAUUGUCUUUUGGAAGCUCCAGCAGUGAUGGUAAAGAUAGGCUUGAUUGAUUGCUGUAUCUAUGCUCAUGAGGGCUGGUAGUACUUUCUCCCAUGUCAGCAACCCAAUUAGCAAGCAAAAGGGGUCACAGUGGAAGUAAAGAGGUCAGCUUAGGCUUGUUUGGUGAAUAUUUUUUAUGAAGGCAUGAGAAACAGUGGGAUUGAUUUGGUGGAGCUGGGGUCGAAGGCUUUGGAUAUGCAUUAUAGCAUAGGUGGUUGACGGAUUAUUCCAUCGAUUGAUAGAAUUUGUCUCUGUUUAUGCUUGUUUCGGGAGUAGGGUCAUGUACAGACAUUUUGCUUGUAUAUUCUCCAUUGAUCUCAGUUUUGGGCUAAAAUGACCUCAUUUCAAGGGGCUGGUUUUGCUAA